AUGAUCCCGUCGCUGUUCAACGGAUCUAUCUCGGCCGAUGCGUGCUCGGCCUCUUUGAUACCAUAUCCCACUCUCUUUGGCGCAGAAUUCUUGUCUCUAGAUGCCAACUUCGUGUCAAACUAUACAAAUAAUGUCCAUAUUGGGCUCUAUGCCAAUCAUGGCGGCGUCAAUGUGGAGAAUGUUGACUUCUGCAACGUCACCGCUUCGUACACCCAUCCUGGCGUGAAUGACACGAUCUACAUCCAGGUUUGGAUGCCAUCUGACACCUGGAAUGGCAGACCACAAGCCAUUGGAGGAGCUGUGGCCGUUGGCGAAGGCUACGCGACUGUCGGGACUGAUGCAGGCUUAGGUUCUGAUGUUGAUCCCACCAAUUGGGGACUCCUGUGCGAAGGAAAUCCCAACCUCCAUCUGCUCCAAAACUUGGCGUCUGUCUCGCUCAACGAUGUUUCCGUCGUAGCGAAAAGCACCGUGAAGUCCUUCUAUGGUCAGCUUCCUGCAUAUUCAUACUUCAGUGGCUGUUCUCAGGGCGGCCGCCAGGGUCUAAUGCUUGCCCAACGUUACCCAGAUGCCUAUGAUGGUAUUGCUGCUAGCGCACCGGCAAUCAAUUGGGCCGAGUUUUUCGUCUCGUUUCUAUGGCCAGCUUUUCUUAUGGAUCUACAUGGCCAGUAUCCACCUUCGUGCGAAAUUGAGGCAUUGACUGGAGCUGCAAUCGCCUCCUGUGAUGGAGAGGAUGGUGUGAUAGAUGGAGUCAUUACGAACCCCGAGACCUGCACAUUCGACCCUACAAGUCUUGUUGGCAAGUGGACUGGCGCUAAACGAGUCGAUAAUUCGAGUAUUUGGUUUGGUGUAGGCAAAGACGCCCAAUUGACCGAUUCAACAAUCCAACGGGGAAUCGCUUCUACCACGUGCACUUCCAACAGAACUUGCACACCCAAUGAAUUGGAGCUCGGUACAAACUGGGUCAAGCUCUUCAUUCAGCGAAGUCCAACCGCGACCACAAGGUUUCUUACCCACGAAGAUAAGAGAGGUGGUAAGCUCUCCGACAGUGUCAUACCGACACGUGAGAGUGAGGAUUACUAUGAUCGGAUUGCGGCUGUCGACCCCAACGUUCAGGACUAUUAUCGUCUAUUUCUUGCACCUGGUUUAGGUCACUGUUUUGGCGGCUCUGGCGCAUAUCCCGACACCACAUUUGACGCCCUGAGAGAAUGGGUGGAGAACGGAAUUGCUCCAGAAACAGUGGCCGCCACCAGUGUGUCAACUUCGCCCGUCAUCAAACGCCCACUGUGCCCAUAUCCAAAGAAGCAGAUAUAUGAUGGUAUUGGGGACUCAACUGCUGGUAAGGGAUUCCACUGCGUUUGA